AUGGACCAUGAGACAGAAGAUCAUGAGACUCAAUACUGCUUUCCUGCCAUUAACUCAUCAUGCUUCAAGAAGCUUCACACUCCAACCAACAUGCUCAUUCUCUCUCUGGCUGUGGCCGACCUGCUCGUAGGACUUAUUGUCAUGCCCUUGGAGGCUAUUAGGUUGAUUGAAACAUGUUGGUACUUUGGAGAGACUAUCUGUAGACUGUUUUUAAUAAUCAUGGGGCUGCUCCUCGCUACAUCUCUGAGUAAUUUAGUUUUUAUAGCUGUUGACCGUUAUGUGGCUGUGUGUCACCCUCUGCUGUACCCUCAGAAAAUAACAAUGACUAGAACAAUAAUUAUUAUCUGUGUUUCCUGGUUUUGCUCUUUAUUUUAUACCAUUUCAGCUUUAACCACCUCACAAAGUAAAUACACAUGUUAUGGAGAAUGUCCAGUUAGCGUUACUUUUGUCUGGAAAAUCACUGACGUUUUCUUGUCUUUCCUGUUUCCUUGUACCAUCAUUAUAACUUUAUAUUUGAGAAUCUUCUAUGUCGCACAUCAUCAAGUGAAAGUUAUAAACUCUCUGAUGAGGAGUGGAAAACAUCUAACAGAAGGUUCAGUGAAGAGGAAAUCUGAGAGCAAAGCCGCUCUGACAUUAGGAAUCAUUAUGACGGUUUAUCUGUUUUGCUGGAUUCCCUAUUACAGCUUAACUCUAACACAAAACACAAGCAUGACUUCUGUUAUAGCCUAUUUUAUGUUAUGGAUGAUGUAUAUUAAUUCAGGUCUGAAUCCUCUCAUCUAUGCUAUAUUUUACCCCUGGUUUAGAACAUCAGUUAAACACAUCCUAAAUCUAUCCAAAAUAUUUAAACCAGCAUAA